AUGUCAAUUUCAAACAACAGUAUUAGUAACCAUAAUUAGUCAUUUCAUUCUGAUCAUUCGCAAUCCUCAUUGAAUCAUUCGUUUCAAUAAUAUUAGAAAUAAGCCCAAACAUAAUUUCCUUUGAACUUCUCAUAAAAUUUAGCUUUUAAUAACUCAAAUCAAGACUUCGUAAUAUCAAUUGAAGCAAGCGAAGAAAGACUGACUUUAAUAGUUGAAGAUCGAUUUGACAUUAACACAUGGAGAGGAGACUUCACUAGCAAAUAUCUAGAAGAAAUUACGAGGAAAACAGGGAAAGAAAGAACUUAUCAAACAUUCCUGCAGAUGCUGAUAGGGACAAUAUAGAAUUAAAAAGGCUUCUCUUAAUUUUAUGUGGAUCUAUUAGGCUUUUAAGAGCUAUAAUUAUUGAAGGCAAAAAGAUCAGGAGAUGACUAUAACAACUAAUCAUAGAUGCCACCUAAUGUAAAAAAUAACAAGAAAUAUUUAAUUCUGACUCAUUUAAUGAACGGCUAGAAAGUUCAUUACCCACUUCCUCUGAAUCCUGUUGAGACAGGAACUUAUCUUAUGGAUAAGGAGACAAUGAAGAGGAUGGUUAAGAGAAUGAGUUAAACGCUAGGAGAAUUCAGAAACAUGAAUUCGACAGGAGGAAUGUCCUAAUAAAAUCAGAGUAAUGGAUUCAACUAGACUACGGGUACAAUGAAUAGUAAUUUUGGAAGAUAAACUGCAAAGGAAUUUUUUUCAAAGGAAAAUCUAAUGCAUCCAGCAGUUGAGGAAAACGCCUAACUCAAGAAAAAAUUAUAGCAACUUGAAUAGGCUAAAGUAUUAGGUGGAGCUGUUUCAUUAAAUAAUUUGCAUGUUGAAAAGAAGAAAAUUGAACAAGAUUUUUAAAGUUAUCAAAACAUCACUAUAAAGGAAAUUAAGAAACUGAAGAAUUUGCAGCUAGAAUUAAAAAGAAGGAUUGACGAGACUCAAAAUGAAAUAAAAUCUGAAAGACCAUAAUCUGCAUACUCAUAGCUAUCAAUGGGAGGAAUGCAAAUGCAAAAUUAAACAAUGACUUCAAAUUUCAACCCAGGAAGUAGUAUAGUAACUGAGGUUGAAGAGUUAAGAAGACAAUUAGCGGAGUCAAGUGUUGAGCUUGAAGAAAUAAGGGAGUAAUACAAAAAGCGAAUGGCAUUACAAUAAAAGGAUAUGGAGGAUUACUAUGAUCAAUUAUAAUCCUUCAGAUAAGAAGAAAAAUCUCUUCGAGUCAAAGUAAAUCAGAUAGAAGUAGAACUUGAACAUAACUUAAAAAGACUAGAUAUUAUUUGCAAGAGCAAGGGAUUGCCACGACCAUAAAGAAGAACUUUAUCUAAUGCAAGUGGAGCAAGUGGAGGAGGAAGAUAUGUCUCCCCUUAUAGAUAAGGACCAGGAUCCAAUAAUGGAAGCAACCAGAAGCCUGGAGUAAGAAAUUUGAGCAAUAGCAAUUCCGUAAAGAGACCUAGUCCAUUAAGAAACAACAAUUAUAACUAUACUCCACCAAACAGAAGGAAUCAAAUCUCACCUGGCAAUUAAUCAAAUGGAUCAAAUAAUAAAUUCAAAUCAUCUCCAAUGAACACUAACUACUCUAAUAAUUCAGCUGCUUUGAGAAAUAAAUAACAGAAUUCACCAGGAGCACGAUCUAAUGCUUCAAACAAAUCUAAUGGGUCUAAAACUAACAAUUCUUCAAAUAGGCUCUACUCUCCUAGUGGAAGAAUAAGAGGCAGUAAUCCAGGAUAGGGAUUGUAUGGCUCAGGAGCCAAUAGUGGCCAAGCUGCUAACAGAGUUCGAAGAGAGCCUGCAGUUGGAGGAAAUUUGAAUAACUCGACUUCAAAUAGCGUAAAUUCUAGAAGCAACUCCAGAACCAAAAUGACUAACCAGAAUAAUAGCAGUGGCGGCUAUGCUUAAAAUAGAAACGCGAGUGGGUUAAGAAAUAAUUCAUAAAACAAAACUUCCUCAGUUUACACUAAUUCCUAGCAAAGAAAGCAAAGUAAUACAGGUGGAACUUCUAUUGGGGGCUAUGGGAGAGCUUAAAUUUAAAAUCAGCAAGAGAAAAAAGGAACAAUAUUUGGUGGGUCAUCUAACCAGAAUAAAAAUUCAGUGCUUGACUAAUAGAAAGCCUCCGGUACAAUUGAUGAGAAGAUUGAGAAGCUUUAGAAUAUCCUCAAAGCAGCAAGAACUUCAAAUAAUAAUAUGUGA